AGCACCAAGGGCAGAGUGCUUCGGUGAAAACCGGCAUCUAGAAUUUGGGUGCUACUGUACCAAGUAAUAUUUGGAUUAUGUGAUCAGGAAUGCCGUUGUGUUUAAGAAUGGAAUUUUUUAAAAUUCACGUAUUUAGCUUAGCAACUGCUAGUUUUCUGAAAGACUCCUGCGAUACUAUAGGAAUAUAUUACAAUAACAAAUCACCUCGAUUAUACAUUAAUUGAUGAGUGAUUUUCUUUUCUGUUUCCUUUAAAAAUUACUUUAUUCUUAAAGAAAUCCGAAUAAAUGUGAACAGGUUAACAUGUCUUUCUCUGAGAAUAAACAAUCACAGCUAUCAGCUGAAAAUCAUCCAGACAGUUCUCCCAAACACGAAUCCAGCAAAAAAUCACAAUCAUUCCUAUCAUCUGUUUUCAGCAGUCAUAAACCAUUUAGCAAGAAGCACCUAUUUAGCUCUGGAAGUGAAGAUAAACAAUGGACGAAUGAAAAAGGACAAGGCUUUUUCAGCUCUGUCAUUCAUUCCAAUCAAGGUCUGUUGACGGAUUUAUCUUCCAGAUUAGAAGCAGCUUUGAGCUUAAGUUUAGAUGCUUUGGACUCGGAUUCGUCGUCCAAAAGUGAUGAGACUUCAUGCAAAAACUCCACCAUCAACGAGCUGUCCAACAGCAGUUCUCAAGUUGAUAUCCGUCGAAUAAGCUUGCCUGUGACAAAGACUGAGCAAAUUGCUCGACAUCGCUAUUCAAAAAGGCGAGGCACCAGACAUAAAGAUCGAUCUGUCUAUGGCCAGCCAGAAAUUGCCCCUUUCGAAGUCAAGACGAAGUCCUGGAAAGAUCAUUCCCAUUCUCAGGAGUCGCUUGAUACAGUCGAUAGUGGUCAAAGCUUAGGUAACUGUAGCAGCUUGUCUGCUAGUGGUACCGACUACAGGUCAUCGAAAAAUGAUCCCUUCUAUGUCUUCCGUCACACUGAGUCUCUUGGCAUUGGCAGUGAAUCCGAUCCAUGUGGUCAAAGUACCUCUUUGGACUCCUCUGAUGCUGAAUCUAUACCAGAUGGGCGAGGAUUUGGUUUCGGAAGAUCGGCUUCGGGAAGUUCUCUGCAUUCUUGGGCAUCUAGUCCCAGCAAUGAUAGUCAGCCAGAUGAUAUUACGAUGGAGGCAAUGGAAUUUAUGAAACGCUUUGUGAAAAAGAUAUUUUUUGAUAGUGUCUCCAUUACAUUUGAAGAAAAAGCGAAAUUUGGAGAGCUGUGCCGAUAUGAAAUUGGACGGUUGUGGUUUGGACGUUGUGUCAAUGGGCAGAGAGUCCAUAACAAGUUAGUGAAAGAAUCCACUUUUUAUAGUCUAGUACAAUACUUUGCUAUUGUAUUGUUCGAGUGUGCCGAAGCUGAUGAUUUUUCGCCAGCUAAAUCUAUUAUGAAUAUGUGCUUUACGUUUUACCAUGAAAGAAUAAGUCGGGAUGGACGUCCUUCUUGUAGAGAAUAUUUAUUUAGUUACUUGAAGGACCAGCCUAUAUGGAGAUCUAUUCGAUUUUGGAAUGCUGCUUUUUUUGAUGCAGUCCAGUGUGAAAGAGCUAAUAGAGAGAUUCCAACCAGAGAUAAACUUGGACAAUAUAGUGCUGAGGAUCUUAGAGAUGAAAAGAAAUUCCAAGAAAAUAUUUUCUUUGGUCAGUUAGGAACUUUUACAUAUAAUAUGUAUGCAUUUGGACUUAGCAAAGAAUUUGCUAUGGAAUUUCUCCGUAAACAAUGUAUCAUUGCAAGCUUAUCCAAAGAGCAUGUAUUAUUACUGAGAGAAAACAUUGAUCGAAUGUACAGUGGUUCUAUAGGAAAUGAAUGUUCCUGAAAUGUAUUAUAGAAAAUGUAUGCUGGAUAUAUUCAGUGUCUGUAUCAUUCCAAUUUUGUCUUUCACAUUAAUUCAAAUUAUUCAGCUGGUCUGAAAUAAUUUGAACUCCAUAUUUUUUAGAAAUUUUUUUCAUGCAUUUUGUGUUAUAACUAGAUAUACAUAAAGAAAGCUGUUCAGUUAUAUAGAAUAUAUAAACAUAUUUACAAUUGCUUUGACAUAUAUGAAUACAUACACUUACUAAUUAAAUUUAUGAGAACUAUUUAAUGCACUUUUGUGUAUUAAAUAUAUUGCAUAUUGAUAUUUCAUAUAAUAUUCAAUGCAUAGUGAAUAGUCACAAGUGAAUUUUUCUCUAUACAUUUUAGUGUAAAUGCAUUAUCGCACAAUAUCGUUAAUUU